CUGGAUUGUCUUUUGGAAAUUACAAAGUUCUUUUGAUUACCCAAAGCUUCUACCUAAAACAAAAAUCCAGUUUUUUAAACACCAGUGAUCUUCUGUGAUGCUACAUGGCUCCAAGUCAUGGAAGUCUGUAGUUUCCAAAGAACUGAAGUUGAAGAUCACCCCCAAAAGCCAGUGGAGAGUUACAUGGUCCCAGUGAAGUUUGAUGAUGUGGCCAUAUAUUUCUCAGAGCAAGAGUGGGAUAUCCUGGAUGAUUGGCAGAAAGACCUUUACAAGCAUGUGAUGAGGGCCAAUUACUCAACCCUGGUUUCCUUGGACUAUACCAUUCCCAAGCCAGAUUUGAUAUUCCGGAUUGAACUAGGAGAAGUAUUAUUUGUCGGGAAUUGGGGAGAUUUGGAACAAGCAGAAAUAGGAGUCAGCCUGAAUGCUUAUGAGCAUUUCAAUUUGAAGGUCACUGAGAAGAAACUGUUUAGGGGGAACCAUGGAACUGCAAGAACAAAAAAGGAGGAAGGUGAUUUAGAUAGUCUUCAAAAGCAGGGCUCACAGGAAAGGAAAGAGAUUUCCUCCAAAUCUUAUCAAAAAGCCGCAGUGGAAUAUCUGCGCAUCCAAGGCACGCAGACUCCAAUUCCAAAAUUAGAGGACUCCACUCAGAGUGGCAGAUAUGAGAGCCACAAAACUUUCAGUGUACCCAAUCACCAGGAAUCUUCCUUAGGGCCAAAAAUUUGCUCUUACUCUGUCUUUGGGAAAAAUUUCCAGGUAAAAGGGCAUCUAGCGAAACAUCAUGGCAACCAUACGAAGAACAAUCCAUGCACGUGCUCCAAAUGCAAGGAAAAAGUUAGAAAGCAGUCUGGCUUACAUUUGCAUUAUGGGAAGAAGUGUUUCCAGUCUAGUGAAUGUGAGAACUUUAGUUACAGUGUGAACCGGCGUUAUCGCCAGUUCAUACCUGUAGGGAAAAAACUAUUCCAGUGUUCUGAAUGUGAUAGAAGCUUUCGAUGGGAGGCUGGUUUGAAAUCCCACCAGAGCCUGCACAGUGGAAAUGGACAGUUUUCCUGCAAUACAUGUGGUAAGGUUUUCAUUCGCAAAGCUCGGUUUAUCACCCAUAUCAAAUUACACACAAGUGAGAAUCCUUUCCAUUGCCCAGUGUGUGGCAAGAGAUUUUUUAAGAGAAAGUACCUCCUCAGACACCAGCAGCUACAUUCAGGAAAAAGGCCCUUCCAGUGCCCUGAGUGUGGUAAGACCUUCUGUCGAAAAUCCUACAUGAAGGCCCACCAGCGCUUACACAGCACAGAGAGGCCAUUUGCCUGCACACAGUGUGAAAAGGACUUCACUCACCAGUAUAAACUCACUGAACAUAUGAGGGUACAUAGUGGAGAAAAGCCUUUCCAGUGCCCUGAGUGUGAUAAGAGCUUCAGUCGAAAGUCCCACAUGAAGGCCCAUCGACGUUUACACAGUAGGGACUGGCCUUUUUCCUGUAGAGAGUGUGGCAAAGGCUUCACCCAGCGGUAUAGACUUACCAGACAUAUGAGGGUGCACAGUGGAGAAAAGCCCUUCCAGUGCGCUGAAUGUGGCAAGAGCUUCCGACAGAAGGCAAGUCUUCUUCAUCACCAGCUUAUGCAUAUGGGAGACAUAGCCUUUCUCUUCAAGUGCCCAGAGUGUAAUAAGAGCUUCCACCAGAAGAAAAGUCUGCUCAACCAUCAACUCAUGCACACAGGUGAGAGACCCUUUCAGUGCCCCAAGUGUGAUAAGAGAUUCCGCCUCAAGGGCAACAUGAAGGCCCACCAGCGCCUACACAGUGGGAUCAGACCAUUUUCCUGCGGAGUGUGUGGCAAGGGCUUCACUCAUAAGUCUAAGCUGACUAGCCACACCAAGGUACAUACCGAGGAGAAGCCCUUUCAGUGCCCUCAGUGUAAUAAGAGCUUCUGCCACAAGAGGAGCCUAAUUAAUCACCAGUUGGUACAUACAGGGGAGAGACCCUACCACUGCCCUGAAUGUAACAAAAGCUUCUCUUCUAAGGCCUAUGUGAAGGCCCACCAGCGAAUACAUAAAGGAGAGAAGCCAUUUUCCUGUAGUGAGUGUGGCAAGAACUUCACCAAUCAGUUUAGGCUCACAGAGCACAUCCGAGUGCACACUGGGGAGAAGCCCUUCCAGUGCCCUGAGUGUGACAAGAGCUUCCGUCAGAAGAGAAGCCUCAUCAACCAUCAGCUUGUUCAUACAGGUGAGAGACCCUUCCAGUGCCCUGAGUGUAACAAGAGUUUCCGGUGGAAGGCUGGAAUGAAGGCCCAUCAACGUCUGCACAGGGGUGAGAGGCCAUUUCAGUGCCCUGACUGUGACAAGAGUUUCUCUUUGAAGGCCUAUCUGAAGGCCCACCAGCGAAUACAUAAGAGGGAGAAGCCAUUUUCCUGUAGUGAGUGUGGUAAGAACUUUGCCGAUCAGUUUAGGCUCACAGAGCACAUCCGAGUGCACACUGGGGAGAAGCCCUUCCAGUGCCCUGAGUGUGACAAGAGCUUCCGUCAGAAGAGAAGCCUGACAAACCACCAGCUUGUACACACAAGUGAAAAACCCUUCCAGUGUCCUGAGUGUAACAAGAGUUUCCGGUGGAAGGCUGGAAUGAAGGCCCAUCAACGUCUACACAAGGGGGAAAGAGUGUUUUCCUGCAGUGAAUGUGACAAGUGUUUUUCUAAGCAAUCUAAACUUGAUGAACAUAUCCGAGUUCACAGUGGAGAUGAGCCCUCCUAGUGUUCUGAAUGUGACAAGCUUCCAUCAAAAAAAAAAAAGCCUCAAUAACCACCAGGCCCACUAGUGCCUAGGUAAUGGUGAGACACUUCUCCUGCAAGCAAGGGAGGCAAAGGCUUCUCCCAGCAGUCUAAGUGCAUCCCUUGCAUGGGUUUACCCACUAGGGUCAUGCCCUAGAGUUUCUCAAGUGAACUAGACACUGAGCUCAACAGCACUUUGGACCAACAAUAGGGUCACUGGAACUGAGACAGAAUUGGCAACAUCAAGGAUGUCCUUGAGCUUCCAGAGCAUAAAAUGUUCUCUCUCUGUCCUCAAAUUUCCUAAAGCACUUUGUCAAAUCUCUCCACUGCCUCUACUACACUCUCUUUUGUGUAUCAUACUUAUCUCUGUGCAUGGGAUCCCAACCCUCCCCUCUAAUUGCGUGCCCCCCCCCAAAUGUAAGCAACUUGAGGGUAAGGACUGUUAUUUUUUACCUUUGUAUCCCUAGCAGCUAACACAGCACCUUGCACACAGUAGGCACUUAAUAAGUGUUUUAAUUGAAUAUGGCAGAACUUUUGGCUGCCUGAUGAGCCAUGGCAGCUGACAGACAAGCCUGGGAGGUAGAAGUCCAGAACUGAGGACUUUUGUUAUGCAAAGAUGAUGGGCCACCUAGUAAACUUUGAAACUUCAUAUUGCA